GGGAGAGAGAAGAAAGGGGGGGGUCUCGGAGGCCGGAGGACUUGGGUGAAGAUGGCGGCAGCCGAGGCCGCGAACUGCAUCAUGGAGAAUUUUGUAGCCACCUUGGCUAAUGGGAUGAUCCUCCAGCCGCCUCUUGAAGAAGUUUCCUGUGGUCAAGCAGAAAGCAGUGAGAAGCCCAAUGCUGAGGACAUGACAUCCAAAGACUACUACUUUGACUCCUAUGCCCACUUUGGCAUCCAUGAGGAGAUGCUGAAGGAUGAGGUGCGCACUCUCACAUACCGCAACUCCAUGUUUCACAAUCGACACCUCUUCAAAGACAAGGUUGUGCUGGACGUGGGCUCGGGCACCGGCAUCCUCUGCAUGUUUGCGGCCAAGGCAGGAGCCCGCAAGGUCAUUGGGAUCGAAUGUUCAAGCAUCUCUGAUUAUGCUGUGAAGAUUGUCAAAGCCAACAAGUUAGACCACGUGGUGACCAUCAUCAAGGGCAAGGUGGAGGAGGUGGAGCUGCCCGUGGAGAAAGUGGACAUCAUCAUCAGCGAGUGGAUGGGCUACUGUCUCUUCUACGAGUCCAUGCUCAACACUGUGCUGCAUGCCCGUGACAAGUGGCUGGCACCUGAUGGCCUCAUCUUCCCAGACCGGGCCACCCUUUAUGUGACAGCCAUUGAGGACCGACAGUACAAAGACUACAAGAUCCACUGGUGGGAGAAUGUAUAUGGUUUCGAUAUGUCCUGCAUCAAAGACGUGGCCAUCAAGGAGCCCUUGGUGGACGUGGUGGACCCGAAGCAGCUGGUCACUAAUGCCUGCCUCAUGAAGAGGAAUGACUACGUGCAUGCCUUGGUGGCCUACUUCAACAUCGAGUUCACCCGAUGCCACAAGAGGACCGGCUUUUCUACCAGUCCCGAGUCCCCAUACACACACUGGAAACAGACUGUGUUCUACAUGGAGGAUUACCUAACAGUGAAGACUGGCGAGGAGAUCUUUGGCACCAUU